GUAGUGGGAGUGUCGCCCAUCAAUACCUUUUUGUAGCAAAGAUCGUAUAGCGCCGCUACGCGGCGGUUUGUAGGUUUUGUUUUAACGGUGGUAAACAAUGUUGGAAAGAUUUUGAACGUAUUUUCGGAAUUUACUGUUUAAAUAAUGUAGCGUGCCUUCCUGACUCGUAUGGAAGGCAAUGAGAACAUUCAAGUGAACGAUUCAUGAUGGGCAGGUUCAGAACAUCUUUCAAAAGCCGAGUGUUUGCCGUGAAACUCCUCGUCUGCAGUCUUCUGAUAUAUAGCGCAUACUUCCUGCUUUUCCUGCUCUUGGAACCAGAUGUUGAAUUUGAGAGUUCUCUGAAACGCAUGCGAAUAAACUCAAUUCUUCGAAAGGUACAUGGAAAGGUUGCUUUUAAGGAAUGUCAUUUGGAAAGGUACAACUCCAGCAUCCCUUUGUCUCCUUAUGGAUGUCAGCGUUUGACGCCUGUGAGCGGAUCCUGUCAGUUGGCUGAUGAACUCUUCUUCUCUUCACCAGUGGAUACGUGCAAGCAUCAACUAAGAAAUAACAUUUGCCAUUUUACAGGAACUGGUGCUAAUGUUGUUGUAAAAUGUUCCGAAAGUAUUUGUGUAGAUAAAAAAGUUUCACUUGGUCAGAUUGACCCUGACACAGGUGAUCUACAAUGGCAGGACUUUCCCUCCACACAACAUCUUGAGAGACACUUGAGGGCGCUGUUUGUCAAAAAGACGGAUCAUUACGGGUUUUGUUUUAUCAGAUGUGCAAUAGACAUUGAAGAAAUAACAGAUGAAGAAGCAUAUGAAGUCGUCAACAGUUUUAAUGCGAUGGAAGCGUACAUAGAAGUAGAUGAUAUAGCCCAGCAAUUACUUAUUAUUCCUCCAUAUAUUAAUAAAGGAAAACAAUCCCUGACCCACAUAAAUAUCAACAUCCUGUUUAUAGACUCUGUCUCACAUAGUCACUUUCUACGCUCGAUGCCUAAAACUCUGCAAACACUUCGUGGAUUUCGGGAAACAACUGUUUUUAAUUUUGAAUUGUUUCAGUCACUGAAAGGUAGAACGUAUGAGACACUACAGGCGCUAUUUUCUGGGGAGCUGUAUGAUGUUGAAAAACCCUUUGGCACUCAGGACAUGCCCCCGACUCCUGUUAAACUGAAUAGGAUUUUAUCUGGUUUCAAGAAGCAAGGAUACGAAACUAUGUACACCGAAGAUCUUUGCUGGAUGUGGGAAUGGGGACUUGUAAAAAAUUUGCUAGCAUAUAUGCCUGGUUAUGACAUUAAAAGCAGAUGGGAACUCCUGAAAGUGGCGUUGGAAAAAGCUGGAAUUGAUCGUGUAGAUAUGACUCUGGCAAGUUGUGAGAUUUUGCAUGAUAAUCAUCACCGUGACUCGUUCCACGGACCACCUGCAUUAUGCUACAACGGGCAAUAUCAGCAUCAUUAUAUAUUAGAGUAUCUUAGGAAACGGCAGGUGUUGUUGGAGGCGAAUCGUAAGCCGUUCUUUCAUCAUACGCUCUUGAAUGUUGCUCACGAUUAUCAUGGCCGCCGCAUUCAAACAUUGGACGAGGAUCUAGCAAACUAUGUUAAAACCGUCUCAGAAUUACACAACACUUUUACUAUUAUUCUAUCUGAUCAUGGAAAUACAUACGGCGAGUUCAUCAAGAGAAGUGAAGAAGCUAGGGUAGAGAUGUUCCAUCCGGUCUUGUUUAUGGUCGUUCCACCAGGCGUUGCCAAAACUCUGGGAGAAAAGGGUAUGAAUGCAUUGAAGGUGAACCAACAGCGCCUGGUCAGUAUUCUGGACAUCCACUAUGCUCUGAGAGUUUUAAGCGAAGGAAAUGUAAAAAAUUUGGACAAUAAACAUAAAAAAUAUUCAAUUAAACCUGAUGGAAUCUUUUCUGAGGUAGCAUUGAACAGAUCGUGUAGUAAAAUUCCUAGAAUUGAACCAAAUGUUUGCAUUUGUCAGGAUUUUGAAGUUGCAGCAGCAAAUGACGCAACGUACGCACUGAUGGCGGAAUUCGCUCUUGGUUCCAUCAACAACGCAAUACAGCAGCAAUUUCGCAAAUCAAAUCCAGAUGCUAUGAGAGGCUUUGGCUCCUGUCAACGACUAGUAGCUCACCGUUUUGGAAACAUAAAACAAAGAUAUAAUGAGAUUGGAGACCAUGAAGUGAAGAUGGACUUGCAUAUUCCAACGCCAGAUAAUUCCUCGCUAAUGGAGAUUUUUAUGGUGAUAUUGGAAGUUUCGCGGAAAGGGGGCAUGAAGUUAGUGACUUAUGAACGGAUGACACCUUACAGUCAGUUUGAAGGCUGUGCUGACAAAGGCGUUGCCACCAAGUUAUGCGUUUGCUCGUUAAACAAAAUGCAGAAACGAGUCGAUCUGGAAGAAAUGCCCAAUUUAAAUAGCCAUCAUUCAAUCUUUGGUAGUGAAACAGUACAUGAGCCAGUACAUAAAAAAUGUUUAUUUAUUUUCAAAAGAAACAACCAUGCUGGAGUUGUUUUGGAAGCAGCAAAUUUAUGUAGGAAUAAAAAAUAUGCAAUAAUAAUAAAUAUAUCUACAGUAAACAUGACACUAAGCUCACCCUCGCCAGUUAAGUCUGACCUUUGGCCUGGUAUGAUGUCAUUUCUUGUUGUAAUGGUUCAAAAUGCAUUAGGUUGGGAUUAUGAAUAUACAGUAACUUUUAAAUUGACAGAUGUUAAAUUAUAACUUUAGUUCCCUUUAUGGAAAGUUAGUACUGAUUUAUAAUAAUAAUUAUAUACUGUAAUGAUUUUUAUAGUGUUUUUUAAUUUUAAAUACGGAAUGUAUAAUGAAAUAUAAUUAAUUUUUUCUGUUUUUAUAGCCAAGGCUAGAAAGUCAUCUGGCUAUCUGUCGGACUGGCAGUAAAGUUUAAAGAAGUUUAAUAAUUAUAAUAAUAAUAAUUAAACAAUUUUAAUAAUAAUAAUAAUUAUAAUAGUAAUAAUAAUAAUUAUUAUUAUUAUUAUCACCAUUAUUAUUAUUGUUAUUACUAAAAUUUUAAUUGUUAGCUAUCUAUUAUGAUUUUCAUUGAAGAUUUUUAUACCCUAAGCGAUAAAUGAGUCACGAUAUCUACUGGUUUUUGCAAUCGGUACACUCAUACGACCUAUGCUAGGGCCCAACGGAGCCAAGAAGCAUAUAAUAAAGCGGAUGAUUGUCAUCAUGCAGGACAUGAUGGAAUAGCUCAGUCACCCUAUCGUGAUACAGUAUACAGAGUUAAUUGAAGGCAGAUGUGUCUUUGUAAUCCUACGGACUUCUCUGAACGGUCUCACAAUUACCGGUCGCGCAUUCAGAUAAACGGUCACGCAUUACCUCCCCAACCUGCUAAGCAAACUCUCUACCACACAGAUUACAGAUGAAUAGAACCUGAUAAUGAUUUUAGUAUUAACAUUGAAUGCAUUUAUUUUCAUAAUGCAAUGCAUGCGAGUGUUUAAUUUCUUUCUGACAAAUUUUAUGUGCUUAGAGAAAUUUGAUUUGUCAUCAAAUUUUACUCCAAGGUACUUAACUGGGUACCUUUCUUCACUGGAUUAUUAUCAAUUGCGAUAUUGUAAUGUUUAUUGUAAUAUUAUGUCUGCCGCCACCAACGUAAUGCAACCUUGAGAUAUGAUAUUAAUAAAACACACGAACUUGAAAACAAUC